AAACCCCAAACCCCAAACAAACCCGUUGUCCCUCUCCUCAAUUCCCCGGCGACCUUCGGCAUCGUCUUCCUGGAGUUGCUUCCUUUCAAAUUGAUUGUCCAAUAAUAAUUUUGAGUUUAGGAAUUCAAAAUUCUUUUUCUCCAAAAAUCAAAUUGUACAAUUGCUCCCUCUCCUCAUAUAGGUUUAUUUGAAGAGGGGAGAGUAGCGUUUAAAAGAUGGAGCACUUGAGUGUCGAUGCGGCGGUGCACUUGAGUGUCGAUGCGGCGGUGCACUUGAGUGUCGACGCGGUGGCGAUAUGGCAUCAUAUGCAGCGUCAUGAGAAAGAGCUUUGGCAUAAAAGAAAGUUCUUGAUGGGCUUGUCAGCAAUGGACUAUAACGAUCAGAAUGUGAGAUCACAUGCUGCAAAACAGUCAGUAUUGCCAGAGUCAUUGUUGAGGAAAGAUGAUGUCUUCUACGAAGAUGUCAAAAUUUUUGUUGAGAAGGGCUGUCUUCAAACAUGUGAUACUGAAGCAAAGCAGAGUAUAAACGAUGACAAGGAAGAAUUCUGUGAGGCACACAAUAUGUCAAGAAUUAUUUUGACCAUGCUUGAUGAUUUGUCAAACAAUGGCCUCUGCUGCCUGGCCAAGAUAGUGACGGGAGGUUCAGCUAUUCAUGAUAAAACUCGUCCUCGUCCACAGAUUGUAAGAGUUAUUAAAAACAGCUUACAAAAACUACAUGGCGAUCAGUUGAUUAGCAAUUAUCAAGGCGCAAUGCAAAAUCAGCUAUCUCAGUUGCUGAAGAACCCAAAGAAUUUUCGCCAAAAUCAUGGGAGACACUUAAAGUUGACAAAGAAAUCUCUUCUUAGUGCUUUCGAGAAGGUUCAACUUCAAAGUAUUCCUAUACGGAUUCUGUCUGCGAUGUAUAGGAGACUGAAAGGGACACAAGGGAUCAUGCCAAAAUUGCGUCCUCGUCAUUCUGGAUGGAACAGAAAGAUUUUGAUGGACCACGUGGAGAAAUUGUGGCGGAAGAUGAUCGACCAACUUGAUGAAUCAGAUAACCUUCAACACUCUGCUUUAGUCAAAGCAAUGGCAGUUCCAGGCUUAUAUUCAAAAAUCGCUUCUGACUAUCAGGAUUUCUCCAUGGCCAAAUUUGUACAUCCGCCGCCAGAAAUGGAAGCAUUACAGAGUGAGAUUGUAAAGGCUAUUUGGUCUCUUGACAAGAGAUUCAAGAAAGAGGAGUUGAAGAACUUGCAAUUUCUAUUGGACCCUAAAUCUAAAGUGGAUGUUAACGGCCUAAGAAAAGCAAUAAGGAAUAUGCUGAUAGAUUGUCUCUUCGAAUGCAGUGAUAUGGAUGUGGUUCCAGAUUCUUUAUUUGAUGCAUUGUCUCUUAUCAAUAAGAAGUCAUGUAAUGCAUCCAGGCUUUCUUCAGAGGUUGUUGAAGAAGAGGUGGAAUGUAUAUUGAAUGUGGGUGCUCAUAUAAAGCAGCUUUUGUGGAAUUGUGUUCCCGUUGAUAAUCUUGACCAAGAUUUUGUGGAUGCAUACAUGGAGGAACUUGAAGAAAGUGACGAUGGAGAUAUCUUUGACGACGAUGACCAGCAGCUGCAUACAAAUUCCUUGGAUAAAAUUCAGAUUAGAUUUAAUGACUUCAGUGAAGAGGUAGCUAGUACCAGAGAUGCAUUUCAUUCUAGUUAUAGUUCAGCAACAUCAGCAUACAAAGAUAAUUCUGGAAAUUCUAAUGAGUAUGCUUCUAGGCCAUCCUUUAGGGCUGCAAGCUUUGCUGUUAAAGAGGAAUGCAGGGACACGGAGAUCAAUGAAGUGGAAAUGUACUCUAUUGCUGCUGGAAAUGGUUCAUUCCCUCUUGUUUCACCUAUGGUACAUGGGAACGGUGAUGUUGGGGGCAGACAAGAUCCUCCAAACAAUGCUUCAGUGGAUUCUGCUAACCUUGUUGAGAACUGCCUGAAGCAAAAUCCAACAUCUGAAUCUCAGAGAAAUCGUUAUGUAGCCAUCCAAGAAGUGAGUGACCAAGCAAGUUUAGUUGCAUACCAGAUUAUUGGACAUGUUUUGGCAGGCUUUGGACGGAUGCAAUCGUUGGGUUUAAAUUGGGAAAAUGAAUCAUAUCUUAGAGGCAAAUAUUUGAAGUCCGAAAAUUUUCAAGCAGUUGCUGACUCAAAGGACCAAGAUGGGAGUAGUUCCAUCAUUGCUCAAGCAGUUCAUGAAAUCAUACCUUCAUUUCCUAACAGCCAACUGGAGAGAGUGAAGAAGUUCUUGAGCUAAUAAUGGAGGAGCUAAUUAGUCACCGUGCCUGGAAACUAGGAUUGCUCAGCUUAAAAGUCUUCUUACUUUUUUUGCAUCCCCGAAAGAGUGGAACUUUCCCUCGAGUUUCUACUUGGUCUCUCUCUAUUCCUUGAGAGUUGAGAUGGGUUAGUUCAAUCUUUCACAAGUACUCCAUCCGUGCGGAAAUAAGAGCUUCAUAUACUGUUCUGGAAUGCACAUCUAAAUUUCAAACAGCCAAGGGCCUUGCUUACAACGCGAAAAGAAAUGUACUUUAUGUUGCAGAUCCUGAAAAUGAUGCUUUGAGCCACCAAGGUAUGAUGACAGAGAAACUGCAUAACGAGUUUCAAAUCCCGGGGUCUCUGUUGGGCUGGUGUGGACUGCUUUCGGUGGGGAAGUUCAAUUUGUCGAGGCUAGUGUAAUGGCGGGGAAAUGUGAACUACCUCUAACUGGACAACUUGGCGAUGUUAUUAAGGAGUCUGCACAAAUAGCUCUUACCUGGGUGAGGGCGAGGGCCAUGGAGCUGAACUUGGUUGCUACUGGUGAAAUCAACUUAAUGGAGGGGCGGGACAUUCAUAUACAUUUUCCUGCUGGGGCUGUUCCCAAGGACGGUCCAUCAGCGGGCGUGACAUUGGUAACAGCACUUGUCUCCUUAUUAAGUCAAAAGAGAAUGAGAGCUGAAUAGGUGAUACAGCUAUGACUGGGGAGAUGACUUUGAGGGGCCUUGUGCUACCUGUUGGUGGUGUCAAGCAUAAGGUGCUCGCAGCACAUCGGUAUGGUAUAAAGAGAGUCACAUUGCCUGAGACUCUGAGAGUCACAUCGGUAUGGCAGCACGGUACAGGUGAUCAGAUGAAUAUAUAAUUUAGGAUUAGUUACAUAUAAUUAGAGGGUAAUCAAUCAAUAUUAGAACAUCUAUUUCUGUAACGCCCCGACUUUUCGGCUCCUUAAUUAGCGGUAAUAAACCGCACUUAACUGAUCAUUGGCAGUGGAAAUAGAAUAAAAUAAUCCUGGGACCUGUGGGUAUGGGCCCACAAAUAAAAUAAUCCUUAAUAACAUCCAAUAAAUAAUACAACUUUCCCAAAAAUAAAUACAAAUCAACAUUCUUAUAACAACCUCAGUAACAGGAUUUCCGUAAUAAAUAAUUUAUCAUCUCGAUAUCUCCAUAAUAAAUAACCAACUCCAGUAAUAACUCUCAUUUGAGCAACUUGAGCUCCUUAAUCGAACCUGUGCAUCAUCAUAAAAAUAGAAAUCAGGAAAAACACAGAAAAUACAAAAAUGAGUGGAAAACUCAGUAAUAUUACUCCAGCCCGUUAAAACGAUUUUAUUUUAAAAAUCAUUUCGCACAUAUUAAUCAUUAACAUUUAUUGCUCGGAAAUAACUAACUUAAUCUCGUUAUCUUGAAAACUGUGUCGGCAAGGAAUCAUUUCCUUUACAGCUCAUUGGCAAGUACAGGCUUUGGCGGGACUUUUCUUACAUCUUUUCAGGGGGGAACUGUUUCCCAAACUUUAACUUUAACAUGGCCUCCACCUGUAACUUGCCCAUUUACUAGUUCAGUUCACUUUUCCAGGCCGACAAAAGCAACAUCGUAUUUCUUUAAAAUAACUUUAUAAAUAUCGUCAUUAUUCCCGAACAAGAGCUUUAACAUCAUAAAAUAAUAACAUAUUAUCAUAAUCGUACUUAUAAACAUUAAAUCAUACAUCAUGCCAUUAGCACAUAAAUCACAUAAUAAUCAUAUAAUCAUACAUAACACACAUACGGGCAUAUAAAGCUUAAAUGCUGGACAUAAUAGUUACACAAUAACAUAUACGGACAUGUAAUAAAAUGCUAGACAUAAUAAUUACCUCGAUCCAUUCUUUACUAGAUCGGUUGAGCCGUACGUCUUAUACUCCAAAUUAUUCUCAUAGUUGACAACCUCAAAAUUAUAAGAAUGAGACAUAUUAAUAAUUAACUCAUUAAAAUCCUUUAAUGAAAUGUUCACUUAAAAACCAUACUUACUAUUUGCUUUAGUUUCUAACCGAAGCUCCAAACCCUUAUAUUUGCCUUGAUGUAUUCUUAACCAGCCCAAACAAAUGCUUCUUAUUAAAAUUCAAACCAUGGCCCACUCAUCACUCAGAUACAAAUAGGCAGUAGAACAAGAGGAGGAAAAACUAUAGAAAUAACCAACAAGAGCAUAGAAGAUAACAGGGGUCACUCAACAACAACGCCCGCAUCAACAAUGGACUCCGGCGACGAACAAGAAGUGACGCCGGGGUUGGGUUCUGGGCGACGAAGGGAACAUUCGCCUGAAGCAGGUGGUGGCAGCAGCAACGCCAGCGAGUGGUGGCCGCGGUGGUCAAAGGAGGAGAGAGAAAAAUGCGGGAAAAAGCUUCAUGAUUCAUCAAUGGAGUACCCAUUUUCUCUUACUCAUUUCUGAAUUGGGUUUUUGGUAUUGCAAUUUACUGAACAUUAGGAAGCUAUUUAUAAAGAUUUCUUGAGAUGGUGAGUCAUGAAAUUGAGAAAUGGUUUAGACAUUUGGCUAUCCGAAAUUGUGCCACACAAGAAUGAAGAAAGAUGAAUUGGCUUUUCUAUGCAUUUGGACAGAAUUUGGAGACAAAGGAAAGUCAAAGGCUUGGUGGCAAAGCUCUCCAUUUACACGUAUGGAGAAGGAACAAGAAGAAAAAUGGGUCUUUGGUUUUUCAAUUGAUAUAAUGGCAAAAUAGUAAUUUAUGAACUUAGAAUAGAAAUAAAGAUGAAAUAGAAAUCAGAUUUUGGGCAAUAAAGUUGGCUUGAAAGAGCAAACUCAUCGUAUGAAAAAUAAAUUGGGCUAAAAUAAUUGAUAUUAAGUCACAAUAAAUAGAUAGACAUAAGUAGGAUAAUUAAAAUAGCUCGGAAAAAUUUAGGACGUAAUUACGUUAAUAAUCGUAAUUACAGAAUAAUAAAACAGGCUUAAAAAUACGGGGUGUUACAAUUUCAGUAUUUCUAUUAUUGCCUCAAAUAUUCUGUUGUUAUUUUAGAAUCAGUCUGCUGGAUUGUUGCUGAUAUAUGCAGGAACAGAACAAAGAAACUUCAUGAAUAAGUCAACAAAAGAGCGAAGAGCUGAAAGCAAGAUUGAGGAAGCUAGAGGAAUUGGCUGAGAGGAAAGCAUAUGCAGAACUUGUGAAGGAUAUUACUCCAAAGAAGCCAAAUGAGCCUUUCUCAUCUUACAAGGAUCAGCUUGGAUUUGUUUGUGUCAAGGGCAUUCGGUUGAGAGGACAUGCAACAUGAUAAAAGAUGUGAGGCUCUGUUGUGAACCAGGUCAAAAGCCUACAGGCAGUUCAGGAGUGGCACCUGAUGCAAUGUUUUCAAAACUCCAAGGGAGGGGCCUUUGCCAAAGAGGAGUUGGAUGAAGUUCGAGACAAGUGGACUACUUACUUCAACUUCAACGAUUGUGAACUACCCUCAGUGUAAUAAAUAGAGCAGGCUUGUAGUUUUCCGUGGCUCUUACAUUACUUUGUUAUUUAUUGAUUUAAUUAGUUACAUUUGAAUUAAUUCGUUAAAAUUAUUGCAAAUUUGAAAUUUAUAUCAUUUUUGAGGACUGUCAAGCUGAUAUUUGGUGAAA